AUGUCAAGACUCGUUCAACACCCUCUAUCCAAAGGAUGGGGCUUCAAAGAUAGCAAAGAUGAGUCGGAAGACGCAUGGAUGCCAGUUCCAGUAAUCCCCUCUGUAGUUCAUCAGGAUCUAUUAGCCAACAAAAAACUCAAAGACCCAUUCAUCGGUUUCAACGAAGUAAGCACCAAAUGGGUAAACGAGAAAUCAUGGACAUACCGAAACGUCUUCCAAAAACCAGAAGCAUCCCCUAGCUCAACAAUCGUCCUGGCCUUCGACGGCUUAGACACAUUCGCCAAGGUAAAGCUCGAUGGAAACGUCAUCCUAGAAAGCAACAACAUGUUUCUCGCCCAUCGUGUCGAUGUCACCAAAGCCCUGGAAGCAGAUGGUGAGCAUAUCCUGGAAAUCGACUUUGAUUGCGCUAUGUUGCGAGCUCGAGAGCUUCGUGAUCAGGACCCCAAGCACAAGUGGGCUUCGUUUAAUGGUGACCCGGCUAGGAUGAGUGUCAGGAAAGCUCAGUACCACUGGGGCUGGGAUUGGGGUCCGGUUUUUAUGACAACUGGUAUCUGGAGGGAUGUGAGGCUUGAGGUUUAUACUGCGCGUAUUGCGGAUUUGUGGACGGAAGUGCAGUUAGCGGGGGAUCAUCAAGAGGCCACUGUUUCUGCUUUCGUGGAGGUAGACGGUGAAGCUGGUUCGUACAAGGCAAAAUUCACGCUAAGCUUACAGGGGCGAGAGGUUGUGCCUGAGAAGUCUACUAUGGGCGAAGGCAAUACUGCCAACGUGACGUUCAAUAUCAAGAACCCAUCUCUAUGGUGGCCCCAUGGAUACGGCGAUCCAACACUCUACGAGUUGUCAGCAUCAUUGACAGAUGAACAGAACGAACUUCACCAUGUCUCGAAGAAAAUCGGCAUCCGUACAGCAGAAGUUGUCCAACAGCCUGACAAACAUGGGAAAUCCUUCUUCUUCCGAAUUAACGGAGUCGAUGUCUUCUGCGGUGGCUCCUGUUGGAUCCCCGCCGAUAGCCUUCUCCCAAACAUCACUCCAGAACGGUAUCGAAAAUGGGUUGAGUUGAUGGUUGCUGGUCGUCAAGUGAUGACUAGAGUCUGGGGCGGCGGAAUCUACGAAGACGACAACUUCUACUCAGCCUGCGACGAACUCGGAGUAGUGGUCUGGCAAGACUUCAUGUUCGCCUGCGGAAACUACCCAACCUGGCCUGACUUACUCGACUCAAUCCGAAAAGAAGCAAUCUACAACGUCCGCAGACUGCGUCACCACCCCUCAAUAGUUAUUUAUGCUGGAAACAACGAAGACUAUCAAGUUCAGGAGCAAAAUGGACUCACAUACAACUAUGAGGACGAGAACCCGGAGAAUUGGCUGAAGACGGAUUUUCCGGCUCGAUGUAUUUACGAGAAGCUUUUGCCAGAUAUUGUGAAGGAGUUGACUCCGGGUACUUUUUAUCAUCCUGGGAGUCCUUGGGGUGGUGGGAAGGUAACGUCUGAUCCGACUGUUGGUGAUUUGCACCAGUGGAAUGUGUGGCAUGGAACACAAGAGAAAUACCAAGUCUAUGAGACCCUUGGAGGCCGAUUCAACAGUGAAUUUGGAAUGGAAGCCUUCCCGCACAUCCAAACCAUUGAGUCGUUCAUCGAAAACGAAGCCGACAAGUACCCCCAAUCUCACAUUAUCGACUUCCACAACAAGGCCGACGGCCACGAACGGCGGAUUGCUACUUAUCUUGUUGAAAAUGUGAGAACUGCCACAGAUUUGGAGACAUACAUCUACCUCACCCAACUCAUCCAAGCCGAAGCAAUGAUGUACGGAUAUCGCGGCUGGCGCCGCCAAUGGGGAGAUGACCGACGCUGCGGAGGAGCCCUGCUCUGGCAGAUGAACGACUGCUGGCCGGGGAUUUCCUGGGCUAUCAUGGAUUACUAUCUGCGUCCUAAACCGGCGUACUAUGCAGUUGCGCAGGUGCUGGAACCACUUGCUAUCGGGGUACAAAGAGAGCAUCACGAUUGGAGCGUGACGCAUGCAGAGCCGCCGAAGACUAGCAAGUACAGUCUCUGGGUAGCAAGCAGUCUGCUGAAGGAGGUUUCUGGCAAGGUGGAAUUGCGGUUUAUUUCUGUGCAGACGGGGCUUGAGGUUCGCGAGUGGAGGGUUUGGGAUGACAUCCGUAUACAAGCCAAUGGGACUACCGACAUCAUCCUCGACGACAUUAUCGAUCACACGGUAUAUCCGGAGCCGCAUGUCCUCGCUGCGCGUCUCUGGGUGGAUAACGAGAUCGCAGCACGGGAUGUGGACUGGCCACAGCCAUUUAAAUAUUUGGACCUGUCGGAGCGGGGACUCAACGUUCAGAGGGUCUUUGAAUCCGAUGAUCUGCAGUCACUGCGGGUCAGCACGCGGGCGCCUGUCAAGUGUUUGGUUUUUGAAGAGCGAGACGGCGUCAGAGUGAGUGAUAGUGCCAUGGAUAUCGUGCCGGGGGAUGAGCAGUUUGUCACCAUCAUGGGCUUGAGGGGUGGCUCUUUGAAGUACAAAUACCUGGGACAGUAG